AAACUCACAAAUAAACUCUUUAUAGUCCAACAUCCUGUUCGACCACGCGCAAACCCAUACACUGGUAAAAAUACACCGCGUGAAGCGCGUUUCAAGCCUCAUUCGCAAAAGCUCGAACUUGAUAUCCCAUUACAAACUACGUCUCAAUGGUAUGAUCGGGAUAGAGGUGCAGAAUUAGCAUUGGGACUUAAUGAUAAAGAAGCUCGAACCAUUUACGAUCGUACAUGGAAACUUGAUCAAUAUGAUGGAUUAUUAGAUAAACAAACUUUACAGUCUACUAUUAUUCCACCACAAGCUACUUAUUGGAUGGGGACAAUGAAAAAUAGUGCCCUUCAUUUAACGCCCGUUCAUGCAACGCUACAAUUACGCCCAGGAUUGAAAUAUCAUGAUAAAAUUGAU